AUAGCAGACGACUCGAGACGAAUCAGCUGUUGUAAAGUUACAAACAAUUUUAGGCCUUUGGUUGAAAAUUCCGUAAGGGGUUAUUGAAGAAUAAAUGUAUGAUACUUACUAAAAUGUGGUCUUGAUGAGAAAUUAGCGCAUAAUGAAUCUUUUCUCAAGAUUGAAAAUGAAAUAUUUAAUGUAACUUGCACAGAUAUAGUAUUAUCUGCUCAUUUUGAAUAGGUUUGUUCAGCUGAAAGAAGCUGACGCCGGCGCGACGGCGCACAAGUGCAUGGCACGGUGGCGCGGCCUCGCGUGCUGACCCCCAUCAUGUCCGAUGGAGGGCCAGACCUGCCGGAUGUCCUCCAGAACGCAACCACUCCUGCAGCUGGGCCAGCCUCCGGCUACCUGAACACUUUCGGAGAGAUGUGGUACCAGAUGUUCCUGUGGGCGCUGUUCUCCUCGCUGUUCGUGCAUGCACUGGCUGCAGCGAUUGCCUUCGCCACGCUGCGCAAGCACAGGUUUGGCAAGUUCUUCCCAGUGUUUAUCCUGGUGAUGGGCGUGCUGCCUCCGCUCACAUCCGGCGUGGUGAGCUGCGCGGUGGUUGCCCUGGUCUACAAGGCCUCCAACAUCGUGAUGGCGCCCCUGUACGCCCUGUUCUGGGGCGUGGGCCAGACCGUGGUGGCAGCCUGCGUCGGCUUCACCCGCAUCCUGGCCACCCUGUAGCAGGCCUGCGUUGCCACUCUCUCUUGGCCACCGUGUAGCAAGCCUGUGCGUGACAGACUCUCUUGUCGAGCUGGAUGCUCUUGUUGAACCAACACUGCGUGCAUUACAGGUAGCAUUCGCUACUUGCUUGAGUUGACUCGACUGCAUGCACAUUACGGUGGUUACGGUGUGUACUUACCUUCGUAAUGAGCGUUUGCAGAAUUUGUUAGUGUUAUGUUUCAGCCAAAGUGAAAUGUAAAGUUUCAAGAAAAUGUAGCACGCAUGUGAUCAGAAGCCAAUUUUUUUCAAUAAAAUUUAUUAUGAAUUGGA